AUGACUCCACUCCUUCUCCUCACUCUUCACCACUAUCCUUUUCUUUUUACUUUACAAUAUUCAAACUCAACCAUGAAUCCAUCCAUGGCUUUACUAUCUCCUGCUCCGUCUCCCUUCACCAACCUCAAUUCGUGGGCCUCAUCACCCAGCCCAACACCAUCGCCUACUCCAAGCCCAACUCAACCAAUUGUUGGGCCCACUACAAACCCAAUAACAACAACAACAACCCAAGUAGACCAAUCUUCUCCGCCACCGACAAGGUUACCUGUUGAUUUUAGUCCGCCAUUGAUAGCCAUGGUAGUUGUUGUAGCCACUGCUUUCUUGGUCGUCACCUACUCUCGAUUAUUCUCCCGCCACGUCAUCCCUCCUGUUCUCAGGGUUUUGCGUCGUUGGAGAAGACGCCGUCGACGUAGUAGUAGACGAUCGUAUCUUCCUUCCUCGGCUGGCGAUUUAGACUCGUUGCCGUACGAUUCAUCGCCGUUUGAAACCAGUGAUGGUUUUCAUGUUUUCUCACCUUAUGGACUCGAUGAUUCGAUAAUCAAAACUAUUCCUCUUUCUAUUUAUACGGUGGUCAACAAAGGCGGCGGACCUCAUCGCGAUUGCGCUGUUUGCUUAAUAGAAUUUGAAGAAGACGAUUACGUCCGUACUCUUCCUGUUUGUUCCCACGCUUUUCAUGUGGAUUGUAUUGAUAUGUGGCUUCGUUCCCACGCUAACUGUCCUCUCUGUCGCGCCGUGAUAUUUCGUCCGGAAUCGCCGUUUAUUCCGCUCAUGGCGGCUAGGAUCAGACCGAGUCUUGACGAUGCCAUUUUUAGGAGCAUCGCACUCGAGCCGCUUAACGAAACACUAGCACCGGAAUAUGCAUCGUCUACAGUAACGGAAAUCACGCCUUGCAUCGAGGAACAAUCGCCGAGGAGAAAUAGUUACAACUUCAACGCUAAUCAUUCCGAAGAUCACCGAAUCAUCAACAACAGAGAUUUCAUACUGAAAAGAUCGUACUCGUUCGGAUUCGAGCGGAGUGGAGCAUCGGAACGAAUGAUGGUAACAGAGCCCGCUACAGCAUCACCGUGGAGAUACAGACGAGGAAACAACUUCUGGAGCAAAAGACCAUCGCCAUUCGGUUCUUUAAGCAAACCUAGGGUUUUCUCAUUCCGUUACUACAGAGGAAUGAAAUCACCUUUCUUCCGUCGAAACAGAGGCUUUUUCGGUUUAUCAGAAUCAAGCUCAAGAUUCUCCAACGGAGGAGGAGGAGGAGGAUCAUCACGAAGAACAAAAUCAAUGACGAGUCCGAUGUUCAUGAGACCAUCUUCGUCGUCGUUACACUCGUCUAGCCGGCUCCGGUGCGGUGAUCCCGAGGCACUUUUAUCACCGGAGAGAUUCAACCGCAGAUAACAAAAAUAAAUAAAGCAAAAAUUAGGCGGGACACGUGGAAGAAGAUGUUUGGUGAAUGUAUAAAGUAAAGAGGUUACCGUAAACAUACCGGGCGGUGAGGGUGGGAGAUUUGAAAACCCCAAGAUUAUGAGUAGUAAUGAGGUCGGACCGCUUUUAUUAAUGGGGUUUGAAAAAGCUCUGUCUGUGAGUCACAGUAAGAGAGAAGAAGAAGCUUUAAAGCUCUGUCUUUGCCAAUUUAAUGGAUUUUGGAGGUUUGGCCAUGGCAUUAAAUGCUUACCCGAAAAUAAAAAAAAAAAAAUCAGAGAAAGCGAAAGUUGAUUAUUAUUAUUAUUAUUAUUAUUAUUAUUAUUAUUAUUGCAAUGAAGAAGCACAGAUACCAAAAUUCACUUUUUUCUAUUAUUUUUUUUAAUUAUUAUUAUUUUUUUCUGUGUUAGAGAAGUGUUUGGGGGCUUUGGGAGAAGAGAAGAAGAAAGAAGAUUUUCCAGUUUUGAGCUCUAUGUGGUGCAGCCUGCAAGUGUGGUGCAGUCCAAAAAAUUAGUUAAAAUUGUACCACUCGCAACACAAACACCCUUAUUAUUUAGUGCUUUCACACCCAUCACCUAUCAAGAGCAAUGUUCCAUCACUUCGGGAUCAAGAUCAAAGAAGUGGGUCUCGAGGAAAGAAUGUACAACCAACUCAAGGGCGAAGCCAAGAGCUAUUUCAAGAACCUCGUCAAACCUCCUCAAGAGACCAUCUUGCUUGUGACAGACGAGCUAAUGGUGUGGAGCCAAGAAGAGAUGCCUCUCGUGACUUGCCAAGGCAAGAAGAGGCACACACCAAUUAUUAAGAGACAAGAAGGGUUGCUUCUCAUGGCUUUCAUACACAAUAUCAAGCUCCAAGAAAGGAAAGGCGAGAACUUGCGAGAAAACCAAGCUUCUCAUGGGCCCCAACUUAGGGAGCAUAGACGAGAAAGAUAACACAUUUCGUGACAACUAUGCUCGCCAAAGACAGUCACCAAAGAAGAGGGAACUCGAGCUUAUAUUGCUCAACCAUCGCCACAGUAAGAAACCAAAAAGUAAUGAUAUGUCUACACAUAAUUCACACACAAAUUUGACACACACUUAUGUGACAAGUAACUUCAACCGAACAUCUUUAUUAAAGAUAGAUCCCACUAAUCAAAACUAACUCGCGACAUGGGUGUGUGUAAAUUAUGUGUGUAUGUAACUCUUUUGGGGCAUUUGGUACAAGGGUUAAACUUGAUGUGAAUGUUAAACGUAACUCAUGUUUAGUAAAUUAAAUUUUAAUGACCAAGUUUGUGUUUCCAA